AUCACAAAAGUUGCUAAGCUUUUCUGUAGUUUUUCUUUCCAAAGAUUACUGAUUUUGAACAUCGUAAACUAUGAAAAUACGGAAGCGAUUCCUACCUCGGUCGGUGCAAGAUGCCGUUGCUACAGCAUUUAUGGCAGCGAUUAUUCCGGUUACCUUUUGGUUCGAAGUUUACGUCGUUAUACCGGGCGUUCACGGGUCGGAUUCCGUGUUCAAUUGGAUACAUUUUGUGCCGGCAAUCUUUCUACUUUUCAACAUCAGCGUAAACAUGCUGGCCGUGGUCAUGUGCGAUACUAGCUGUGGAACGGAGAUUAUCAACGUGCCCAGUAACGUGGCCGUAGCUGGAGGUUUGGGUUCCAGAUCGUGGCAUUUGUGUUCAACGUGUGAAGCUGUUGCUCCACCCCGAGCUUGGCAUUGUAACACUUGCAAAGCAUGCAUUUUGAAACGAGAUCACCACUGCGUCUUCACCGGAUGUUGCAUCGGUCACAAAAACCACCGAUACUUCAUCUUGUUUGUACUGCAUCUGUUCGUUGCGACACUGUACGCAAGCAUACUGAACAAUUAUUUCAUCUGGUUUGUCCGGGGAGAAGAGUUCCGCAAUUGGACCUCACUAGUCAAAAUAGUUUUUCCCCUGGCCAUGCUUGUGAUUGACACCUCAACGAAGCAGUAUUAUCUAGUCAUCUAUCUGAUAAAUAUGGUCGGAAUGUUAUUCACCGGGGUUCUACUCAUCUACCAUGGUCGCCUGAUAUUGAGUGGACAAGUGGUCCAUGAACGGGGAUGCCUUGACUAUGACCUCGGUUGGCGAGAAAAUCUACGCAUGGUCCUGGGUCAGCGAUGGCAUCUUACCUGGCUGUCGCCGUUCAUCCGAAGUGAGUUGCCGAUCAAUGGUGUAAAUUGGGAUAUCGUCCAAAAACAGGCAAAUAAAAGCAAAUGAAGAACGUUACUCAACAAUCAAACAAAGUUUAUCAAUACUGCACUGAAGAGCUAAACGUGAAGCACAAUUAAAUAGGUAUGAUUUUUUUCAUUAUAUUUUUCUAUUCAUAUUACAUUAUUAUGCUUAAACACAUUUUAUUGAAUUCAAAAUGUACUUACUGAAAACCGAAAUUCAUCAUUCAUGUUGAAACUUGAAUCUUAUUUGAAAAUUUCAACCGAUUAAAUUAUUUUCAAAUAAUUCAAGAAUUAAUUAUGUUAGAUUUAUUGCCAUGUAAAGUAAGCAAGCGGUUGUACACUUCUUCAAAUUUACAAAGAAGAACGCUUAUACAUUUAUAUACUUCAUAUCUGAAA